GCUUUUGUUUAAAGAGACUUGCUGCAUGAGAUGAAAAACCUGCUGCGACACUAGCUUGCUUUUGAAACUGUUGUUUGUUUGGAGCUUUCAAGUUUAUGAUCAAAGAAAUAAAAUCAAGUAGAUGUUAGCAAACAUCAGUGAACAACUCAAAGGAAAGCCACCUUUUAGGUGGAUAACCAAGAAGAGGUGAAUAAACAUGCAUUUAGAUCAAACUCGUUAAAAUUUCACCUUAAUGUUAACUUUUUGUUUUUCUUUCCACAGCCAUGAAUUUUUGCUACAGGGCUAACCUCAACACCAUGCUGAUGCUAGUUUUACUGCUGGGGGGGACAGUUAUCAUGUCCUACAGCUGGUACCUUCAUCAAAGUCCUCACAACACUCCCCUCCCUCAAAGAAAAGUUCACGUCUUGUUGCUGUCGUCGUGGCGAUCAGGUUCGUCCUUCCUGGGUCAGGUUUUCAGUCAGCACGCGUCGGUUUUCUAUCUGAUGGAGCCCGGUUGGCACGUGUGGACCAGAGUGCAGAAAUCUGGAGCCCGGCUCCUCCGGAUGGCUGUGAGGGAUUGUCUCCGGAGUCUCUACCAGUGUGACUUCUCAGUGAUGGAUGCCUAUCUCCCAGAAGACCACCGUGUUUCCUCCUUGUUUAUGUGGUAUGAGAGUCGUGCUCUGUGCUCGCCGCCCGCCUGCAACAUCACAGCAACCAAUGAAACUCAGUGUCGUCAGAAAUGUGACGCUCGAGGUCUGCAGAAGGCGGAGCAGGCCUGCAGCACAUACAGUCACGUGGUGUUAAAAGAAACCCGACUGUUUGAGCUGGAGUCCCUUUAUCCUCUUCUGCAAGACCCCAACCUGGAUCUCCGCAUCGUUCAUCUGGUGCGGGACCCGCGGGCCGUGAUGCGGUCAAGAGCGGAGUCAGCUAAGUCCUUAGAGAAAGAUACGGCAACAGCCCUGGAACAACAAAACAUGACUAAAUUUGAAGUUCAGUUCAAAGUGAUGCAGGAGAUCUGCCGGAGCCACGUUCGUAUUUAUGAGACGGCCAUCCUGAAACCACCUCCAUUCCUAAAAGGCCGCUACAAACUGGUUCGCUAUGAAGACGUGGCACGCAACCCGCUGAAGGAGGUCAGGGACAUUUAUGACUUUGUUGGUUUGAAGAUGACUCCAGAGAUGAGUGACUGGAUCUACCAGAAGACCCAUGGAAAAGGAAAAGGGACGGUGAAGGAGGCUUUUCAAGUUGUGUCUAGAAACGCUACCCAGGUCUCUGAGGCGUGGCGCACCAUGCUGCCUCACUUCAAGGUCAAGCGUGUUCAGGAAGCAUGUAAAGAGGCCAUGUCGCUGCUCGGCUACAGGACAGUCCGCAAUAUUAAGGAGCAGAACAAACUAGACGUAGAUCUGUUAGUUCCACGGGAGCCACAUCAGUUCAAGUGGUAACCAGCAGAGAAACGCCCCAAAGGUCAAAGAAAGAACCACCUGCUUCGUGGAGUAGAGCCUCCGCUCACCACAAGGUGGAUUUCUAUGGACACAGAUGACAAUGUACAUUAACACAGAUCAUCUAAGUAAGAGCUCAGGGGUUUGACUAAUUUGACAUAUUUUACAACUGUUGUCCUGUUCAGUGCUUCUCGUAAAACGAGGUUCGUCACAUUGAAAGUUAAAAGAAUCCUGCCGUUUUCAGACGUGACAGAUGUGAGCUCUGACAUGAGGGUCCUGAACGCUCAGAGAUGGGAAAUGGCCUGUGUUUGAACAGGGCCUUCUAGUGCUCUACAGCCACCCAAGGCGCUUUACAAGACAGUCAUUCAGUGCCAAAGCCACCCUGAGACGCGCUGAUGGAAGCUCGGCUGGUGCUGCCGGACCCUUCGACCAAAACCAGCAAAAAUAAAAUGUUUGCAUUAAACCAGUGUAGAUAAAAUGCUGUGAUGUUCGUUUUCAAUUUUUUUCUGUCACCUGUUCCUUACUUUAUUUGCUGCUCAUUUGUUUUUCCCCAUUUUUCCCAAUUAUUAUUAUCAUUAUUUUAUGCUUUCAGUUUUACCUGAUUUUCUUCUGCUUUCAUCGUUUCUGGUAGAGAAAUCGUUUAUGAACUAUUUUUAGGUUUCAGUCCUGCUUUCGUAGAUUCCUGAAGCCUGUUGUUCCAAACUGAACCUGACAUCUCAUCAUCCACAGUAUGCACUGAUUUUCAUCAGACUUCCUGUAAGUUCGGCCUUGCUAAACUGGUUCUUUGACUGGAGCUACGCAUAAAAACAAUCCCAAUUGCUACACUUGCCUUCCCGGUGUUAACAAAAACACAUAAAAAUUCCUACGACGAGUCUUGUGUUCAUUGUCAAAGAGAUGAAGUAAGACAAGGAAGUUUUGAACUGUCAAAAGUUUUUGUGUGUUUAGUGUCUCACAUCACAGUAAAUGCUUCAGACAGAUCACAGCUUUAUGGCUCAAGGUAAUAGUUUAAUUUACAAAAAGGUGCGUGUUUCAUAAAUAUUUCUCAAUAAAAGUAGACAAUAAAACUU